AUGGAGCCGGGAGGGUCAGAGAAUGCGGCUGGGCUCUGGAUCUCCAAGACGGGCGGGGGCCCAGAAUAGACCCCCAGGUCUUUUCUGCUGCAAUCUGGCUCUGCCCUCCAGCCUACCCUUUACUCCCAGAGAAAGAGACCAAGGGAGACCCCGCCCAGUUGCCCCGAAACGAGAGUGCAACACAGCAACACGCGGAGUUUGGCUGGUUAAUGCAGGAAAGGGGCGGGGGCCGGGGAGAAGGAUGGAGCAGCUGUCAGCAUGGCACCUCCUCAUCUUCAGGACGCCUGCGUUUCCGCCAGGCUCCGGCCUGUGCCCUCACCCCUUGGAACGGCGGUGGCCUGUCCAUUCUCUCCGCAUUCGUCUCCAUCAUUCAGCCACCACCCUACCCCUUCUCUAUUCAUUUUUACUGCUCCCCUGUCCUACCACCCGUGUGCCCUGGUCCAUCCACCCACAGGCAAAGCCCCCCUCACCAGGGUCCUCCUGGAACCGUUCCUGGCUUUAGGCUUGUCGGAGACUCUCCGGUCCCGCCCGGCGGGCCACCGAGCGGAGGGGAGGGGAGGGGCGCUAGGACAACACUCUCCGCGCUGCGCAGCCGCACCCCUCCACGCAUGGGCGUGGCGUAGCUCAGACCCGCCCCCCAGCGCCUGA